AUUAUACACGUACAGUCUAAUAAAAUGUCAAAGAUGUUCUUCAUGUUGUUGUUGCUGUGCUUAAUAGUUACCAUUGAUGAAGGAGAAGGAUCCUAUUGUAUGGCUGAUUGUACUGGAUAUAAACAUGAAUCAUCACUGUAUAUAAGAGUAUGCUGUAUCAUUAGUAACUUAGGACAGACUAUUCGUAUGAGAGAAGAAAGAGUAAAGACUAUCAUGGUCUGUCCUGAUGUAAGGCCAAAAGCCUGUCCACCACUAGAUAAUAGAGACUGUAAGAGCUUGUUUGAUGACGGUGUUACUACAAAUGGUGUUUAUACUGUUAAUCCUGAUGGAGGGACUCCAUUUGAAGUAUACUGUGAUAUGGAGACUGAUGGUGGUGGAUGGACCGUAUUUCAGAGGAGACAAGAUGGAUCUGUUGAUUUCUAUAGGAACUGGACUGACUAUGAGAAUGGAUUUGGUGACCUUACUGGUGAGUUUUGGUUAGGACUGAGCAAGAUUUAUCGUCUUACUAAAGAAGGAUCAAACACACUAAGAGUGGACCUGGGAGACUUUGAGGGGAACACAAGUUAUGCUAACUACUCUACAUUUAAUGUUAGUGAUGGUAGUACUGAAUAUAUACUAACAGUAGGAGGAUACUCUGGUACUGCUGGGGAUAGUCUGGACUAUCAUAAUGGAAGGAGAUUCAGUACAAGAGAUAAUGAUAAUGAUAACCAUGGCAGUAACUGUGCUCAGACAUACACUGGUGCUUGGUGGUAUAAUAGCUGCCAUUAUUCAAAUCUUAAUGGUCAUUAUUUUAAUAUUUCAACUAAUAAUGCUGAAGGAAUUGCUUGGUACCAUUGGAAAGGAUCAUACACUACUCUCAAGUUCUCAGAGAUGAAAACUCGUCGUAACGAUUAAAUACUGUCCCUGACACAGAUAAGUGUGUUUACAUUGUGCUGAUAUAUUAUUAUGUCAUUGAACUAUUACUGUCUGCCAUACCUUGCAGUGAUUAUUAUAAUUUUUUGCUAUUGUUAAUUACAAUAAAAACACACCUU